UGAAAAACCUAAAAGUUUCAUGUAUAAAAUUGUGGAGCAGUGUCCAGCAGUGUGAGUUGUUGUCUAAACGUGGAACAUCAAUCAAUAACCUGACACUUGACAGUGACAGCAGACAGCCCGCACUGGCCCGCAGUUGGAUAAAAUAACCAGCAUGUAUUUAUAAAGUUUAUUUGGAUUAAUUUUGAAUUUUAAUAAAUAAAAGAAAGCCGGCUAAGCCGCUUUUUAAGUCGACCAAGCAGAACAUUACAACAAAGCAGAAUGUCUCGACGUGGUGGAUGGAAUAGAUCAUCUUACAAAAAUGUUAAUAAGGAUAGGCCCCGCGGUUUACGCGGCAAAGACAUCGGCAUGUAUUAUAAAAAUUUACAAAUGAGAAAUGGAAACAGAACCAAAAAGAAUUUAGAUAUCACGAUAAACCUUACGAUCCCACCCGCCGUAUUAACGAGUUUACAAAAAAAUAUAGAGUCUAUCAAAAAGAUAGCCAAGGAGCAUCAAAUUGAUAUACAACCACCCAAACCUUUGAAAAUUGUGGAAAUAAAACAAGAAGUAAGUCCUGAAAGUUUUGAUCAUAAAUUUGCUCCGCCAUCUGGGGUACCAUUGAUGAGAAACUUUGGUGACCCCAGUAUAUCUGAAGAACCAUCUACAUCUUCAAGUUUUAUUAAAUCUGAAGAUGUGAAGGUUGAGAUAAAAGAGGAAGUUAUGGAGUCUUCAUUCACUGAAGACCAAGAUCCAGAACCUGGACAUUCUGACCAAAGGCUUGUGAGUGCAUUAAAAGGAGCAGGAGACUACAAGUAUGGAUAUGAAGACAUUAUUACAGGCACGUUUCAAGAAAAACUUGAUGAAUGUCUCUCCAAAGGUGUCACUAUAUCUAUGGAAAAUGAAGAUAUCAGUGCUCUGAAUGAAUCCAUAUAUGAAAGCUACCAGAGCAAAAUAAAUACUCCAGAGUAUAAGAAAUUUAAGAAGUUCCGUAAAAUAUUGCCCACUUAUAAGAAAUCAGAGGAAUUGUUGAAGGUUUUUAAUGAAAAUCAAGUGGUUGUUGUUAGUGGUGAGACUGGGUGCGGGAAGUCAACACAGAUCCCACAAAUAAUUUUAGAUGAUGCUAUAAUUAAUAAGAGAGGUGCCAACAUACAUAUUCUAGUCACUCAACCGCGGCGUAUAGCGGCGUCUUCUUUAGCCACCAGAGUAGCUGAAGAAAGAAAUGAAUCCUUAGGCAUAUCUGUAGGAUAUGCUGUUAGAUUAGAGAAAUCAGAGGCGAGGCCUCGCGCUAGUAUAAUGUUUUGUACUACGGGUAUAUUAUUAGCCGAGUUGGAAACCAACCAAGGCUUGACAAACUACAGUCAUGUGAUACUUGACGAGGUGCACGAGAGAGACACCCAUAUUGACUUGUCCAUGUUUAUGUUGAAACAGGUACUAAAGAAACGCAAAGACUUAAAACUAAUUCUAAUGAGUGCCACCAUAGAGGCCGAUAAACUGUGUUCAUACUUCGACGGCUGUCCUAUGAUGCAUAUUGAGGGGCUAGCUUACCCCGUCAAAGAUAUUUACUUGGAGGAAAUCCUGCAAAUGACUAAGUUCACGUUACCGGAGGAGCCAGCUCAAGGACGCGGAAACCAACACGUUAAGCCCUGGCAAAGAUCUAAGAUGAAGAAGCAAGCUGCUGAGAUGCAGAUGGAUAUACAGUAUAAGGCAGAAAUAGCUCCAUGGCUGGAAUCCAUAAAGAAGAAGUUAGAUCGAAGUGUUUACCAAACUCUUCAGAAUGCAAAAAUCGAGGAAUUAAACAUCGAUCUCAUUUACGAACUGCUGAUCCAUAUCAGCAAGGGAGAUCCCGGCGCUGUCCUCGUCUUUCUGCCAGGGAUCGGCGAAAUAUCAAAAUUACUGAGGAAAAUGGACGAAAGCACAUUUUUCUCGAGAGAUCGCUAUGAAAUCUAUCCCUUGCAUUCUAAGUUGCCAUCUUUAGAGCAACGGAAAAUAUUUCAGAAGCCUCCUGAUGGUAUAAGAAAGAUAAUAGUCGCUACAAAUAUAGCGGAGACAUCCAUUACUAUUGAUGACAUCGUAUACGUUGUGGAUUGCGGCAAAAUAAAAUACAGCGGUCUGAAUAUUGAAGAUAAUGUGUCCACAUUGCAAACUGAGUGGAUAGCUCAAGCGAAUUUACGUCAAAGACGAGGUCGCGCCGGUCGUUGCCAGCCGGGCAUAUGCUACCAUUUAGUGACGUCAUACCGUGCAGGAAAAUUAGCCGAGCGACUGUUACCGGAAUUACAGAGGAACUCCUUGUUAGAGCCAGUACUGGCUAUAAAGCAGCUUCGGUUGGGAAAGGCAGCUGAUGCUAUGAGCAAGAUGCCUUCGCCUCCUGCAGAUACCACUGUUCAGCGAGCUGUGAAACAUUUAUCGCAGGUAGGCGCGCUAGACCAGGAGGAGACCCUGACGCCGCUGGGCUGGCACCUGGCGCGGCUGCCGGUGCACCCGGCGGCGGGCAAGCUGCUGCUGCUCGGGACCAUGUUCGGCUGUCUCGACCGCGCCGCCAGCGUCGCCGCCGUCUGGGGGUUCAAGGACCCCUUCCAACUCGUCAUCGGAAAGGAAAGAGAAGUAGACGAAAUGAAACGAAUCCUAUCUCUGGGAGAGCCGAGUGACCACGUGGCGAUAUCCGAGGCAAUCAUACGAUUUGAGCAACAUUACAACUACAACCAUAAACGUGUAUUUGCACGCGAACACUUCUUAGCUUACAAUACUUUAGGAUUACUCUCUGAAAUGAAAAAUCAGUUUGGUCACAAUCUGAAGCAAAUGGGUUUCUUGAGUUCUGGCGAUGUGACUUCAGCGUGGGAGAACCGCAAUAGGGAUAAUUUGAGCCUCUUCAAAGCCAUAGUCGCUGCAUCGCUUUAUCCUAAUAUUGCUACUGUUCGAUGGGGAAGGACAAACUCCAGAAAUCCUUCCCGCCCGCCCAGGGUUAAGGUGAGGACACCAGAAGAUGGCCCAAUAAAUAUCCAUCCCAGCAGUGUCAUGGCGUCAAAACCUUACGGAUUCCAAUCAGGGUACUCAAGUGGGCCAGAGCCUGGGGCCAAUUGGCUAGUGUAUUGGCUCAAACAACGUUCUUCAGACCUCUUCCUAAUUGAUGUCACUCUAGUCUACACGUUACCGUUCUUGUUUUUUGGUGAAUUUGUUGUUUCGGAAGCUGGACCAUCAGACUACUGUGUUUUGAUAUCAAGCGUCAAAGUAACGUGUAAGAAAACGACACUGGAGCUGCUUUGGCAAAUGAGAUCUUUAUUAGAUCAAGUUUUAGCGUCAAAAAUCGGUGACAGGAGUCCCUGUUGGACUCGUAAUAAUCACUUUGAGAACAAAGUGUUAGACUCUGUAAAGGAGUUAAUAACAGCCGAAGAUGAGAGCGCUGAAUACAUAGGUGAUGAAGAAGAUGACAAUUCUGAAUCUGAUUAUUCUGAUUAUGGAUCGAGUUGGUCCUGGCGUCAUUAAAUAUUAUGUUUUUGUUUA